GACUCUACCUUCAGGCUUCGCGCGUUUUAAUGCGAUGGUGUCCCCACGGGAUCAAAUUUCAGCGUCACAGCUGGGGACUGGCUUCGCGGUCCUUGAGGGGAGAGCAUGAGCAGGUGGCUCUUCCUCAGACAAGACCUUGAAUUAUACAAUUCACUGGUCCAGGACCCCAGAGCCAGAGAUCGUGGGACCAGCUGCUUCUGAGAACACAGUGCCGAGUAUAGACUGGAGGCUAGAGAGGGACUUGGAGCCUCAGUCAUAUGGGUCUCCCAUCUUCCAGAGCCCAGACUCGCGGGAGCAGUGUAAUGAUCAGGACCUUCUGAAGAGGCAUCACAACACCACUAAGGUCAUCCCCACCUGGGAAACACCUCCCAGCCACACCACAUUCUACCGCUGUGGGGCUUAGGGAAGGGACCCCGGGGGGAGGGGUGCGUCUUUCUCAGGAACCCUUAUGAUGUGUGACUUCAGCACCCAGAACAGCACCCAACGCUCAGCCAGCCCACACUAAAAAUGUCUUAAAUGAAUGGAUGAAGGGAUGAAUGGAGCGGAUGUGUGGUUGUGUUUCUUAGUGAGUGAUACAACCUGUGAGAGUUUCUGGACAUGACUGCCUGUGGGUCUGUGGUUAUGGCUGUGUGUCUGAGUUGAGUGUGAGUAGAUGGUCUAAGGUUCUUAACCACCUGGUGUGCAUGGCUGUGUCUGAGCUUGCAUGGCUGUAGUUGUGUUUCAAUGCUUAUGUGCUGUUGUGCUUUGGGGCUGUGGGAGCUCCCUGGGAGAUGUUGUCUAUGUCAUUUGCCCUUAAGGAGGAGGGCCAUUACCUGAGCCCAGUCCAGACACAGGGCUCUGCAGAUGUGCUGUUGGGGGCGGCCUCCAGGUCUGCACACACAGGGGACAAACCACAAGAGUAUACUUCUGACCAUGUGUGGGCUAGUGGGGGAGGGGUGCACUCGGGGUCUGGGACACCCAGGACUCAGCAGACCCAGUUCACACCCAACCCCAUACAGUGGGUUGGGGUGUGCGAGGAGAAGCACAGGGAUGGAUUUCUACUACCCACAUGUCCUCCUUUCCUAGAAGCCCUUGGAGACCAACUCUUCCAAAGUCAAAGUUAAGUCCACCAUGAUGAUUCCUGACUCCCAGAAGCUCCUGCGCUGUGAACUGGAGUCACUCAAGGCCCAGCUACAGGCCCAGACCAAGGCUUUUGAGUUCCUGAACCACUCAGUGACCAUGCUGGAGAAGGAGAGCUGCCUGCAGCAAAUCAAGAUCCAACAGCUUGAAGAGGUGCUGAGUCCUAUAAGCCGCCAGACAGAGAAGGAGGGACCCAAGUGGGGUGUGGAGCAGGGACGCCAGGAGCUGUAUGGGGCCCUGGCUCAAGGCCUGCAGGGGCUACAGAAGACCCUGCGUGACAGCGAGGAGGUACAGAGGACCCGCACCACUCGCUGCCUGCAGCUGCUGGCCCAGGAGAUCCGGGACAGGCUGCACUGUCCCCUCAGCAAGAAGUUCCUGUGGGAGGAGCUGGAGCUGGUGCGGGAGGAGGUGACCUUCAUCUAUCAGAAGCUCCAGGCUCAGGAGGACGAGAUCACAGAGAACCUGGUGAACAUCCAGAAGAUGCAGAAGACACAGGUGAAGUGCCGCAAGGUCCUGACCAAGAUGAAGCAGCAGGGGUAUGAGACAUCCAACUGGCCAGAGACGGAGGAGGUGCCAUCAGGAGGCAGUGGCUCCUGGAGGGAUGACCUCCAAAAGGAGCUGAGUGACAUAUGGUCUGCUGUGCACAUGCUGCAGAACUCCUUUGAUGGCCUCAUAUCCUCUGGGGGCUGCCUCAGGGCCUCGAACCUCAAGGGCUACAGGGGGCACCAAGGCCUGAGCCCUCUGCUCCCCUCCUGGGACUCAGACUCAGACUCAGACCAGGACCAUUCCCAGCCACUCUUCAUCAAAAGCCACUCCUUCCCAUCUGCCUGAGCAGCCGGGACUGCUCUCCCUGAAGACCCCUCCAGAGAGAAAAUAAACUAGCCAAGAACCUC